UCGUGUAUCGUGUCGGUUGCUAUUUUCCACUCUCACCUCUUGUUAAACACAAACAAACUCUAUCAGCAUAUCUCUCUCAUAAAUCCUUGGAACAUUUCUAGUAGAUCUACUCAUCAUAAAUCUAUCUAUAUGUGCCUAUAAUAAAACAGCAACAACAGUAACUCACUCCCCAAAUUUGCUCCAAAAAUUAGCAAAUAAUAAAAUGAAGUCCCGAGGAGGAGUUUGGGCGGCGGUGUUAGCAUUAAUGUGGUGGUGUUCCGGUGCGGUGGCGGAAGUGGCUACGUGUUCCGGAUUGGUGCCGAUGGUGUACCGGAGUGAUAAAAUAUCGAUAACUGAUUACGGUGCAGUUGGAGAUGGAAAAACGUUGAAUACGAAAGCGUUUAGGGAAGCGAUAUAUCGGAUUGAGCAUUUGAGAAGGAGAGGAGGCACAUUGCUUUAUAUCCCUGCUGGUGUUUAUUUAACAGACAGUUUUAAUCUUACUAGUCGAAUGACCUUGUAUCUAGCCAAAGGUGCUGUUAUCAAAGCUACACAGGACACAACAAACUGGCCUCUGAUUGCUCCACUGCCUUCUUAUGGAAGAGGAAGAGAACGUCCAGGUGGAAGGUACAUGAGCUUCAUCCAUGGAGACGGUCUCCAUGAUGUGAUUAUUACUGGCGAGAACGGGACUAUUGAUGGCCAAGGUGAUGUGUGGUGGAACAUGUGGAGACAGAGGACCUUACAGUUCACUAGACCAAAUCUUGUUGAGUUCAAGGAUUCUCGAGGCAUUAUAAUUUCUAAUGUGAUAUUCAAGAAUUCACCUUUCUGGAACAUUCACCCUGUAUACUGCAGCAAUGUUGUUAUUCGGUAUGUCACAAUAUUGGCUCCAUCUGACUCUCCCAACACUGAUGGAAUUGAUCCAGAUUCAAGCUCCCAUGUAUGCAUAGAGGAUUCUUACAUUUCAACAGGAGAUGACCUCGUCGCUGUAAAAAGCGGAUGGGAUCAAUAUGGAAUUGCUUACGGUCGUCCUAGCAAUGACAUCACAAUCCGGCGCAUCACGGGAUCUUCGCCAUUUGCUGGAAUCGCUGUAGGAAGUGAAACUUCCGGUGGGGUGACAAACGUAUUAGCGGAGCACAUAACCCUUUCCAACACUGGAAUUGGAAUCCAUUUAAAGACAAAUAUCGGCAGAGGGGGUAUUAUAAGAAACAUUACUAUAUCCAACGUUUUCAUGGAAAACAUUCGUAAGGGAAUCAAGAUUGCAGGCGACGUAGGUGACCAUCCUGACGAAAACUAUGACCCAAAUGCACUACCAAUUAUGAAACACAUAAGGAUCAAGAAUAUAUGGGGUGAAAAGGUUCUGGAGGCAGGUUUAGUCAAGGGUUUGAAGAACUCUCCCUUCACCGACAUCUGUCUUGCUAACGUUCAUCUAUUCGGGUCAAGUGGUUCAAGACACGGUCCAUGGACGUGCUCAGAUGUAAGUGGUGGUUCAGUUGAAGUUAGCCCAUCACCAUGUUCAGAGCUCAUUAGCAGUAGUCAAACGGGUGCCUGUUCUAUUCCUUUCUGAAUGUAUGUCUCAUAAUUUCAACUUUUAUGUUUGUAGUAUUGCAAUAUAUAAUUCCUUUGAUUACACAAUCAAUAGUAAGUUGUAAAGUUGCGUGUC